GAGACAGCAAAACUGCUGCGGUCCGAACGAGAGGACCCAGCCUCCGCCUGGGUUGGUGGCCAAGGCCACCGCAAACUCCGGUAAGGCGGGGAGGCCAGGCAAGUCGCGGGCGUUCAGUACUCAGCCUGGCAAGGGGGCUGGGUCCACACCUUGAAGGCCAGGGUGGUUGUUCCAUGAAGCAUUUCGAUUCCUGGCUCUUCUGGAACACCCCAGCCGGGCGCGGCCAGGCUCAGACCAUCACUGAGACUCCCUGGACCUAGAUCCAGCAGAUCUGCACGACCCCCAAGUCCGAAAAACCCGCGCUGGUUCACCGGUAGCGGUCUCUCCAACACGCUGGCAAGCGCCAUGUCUAGUGUGGGCAGAAAGAACUAAUUCUGAGAACGCCUAGCAAAGAUAGGCCGGGCAACGCCUCGCCGUCACAGCUUCACUUCCUAUUAAAUCUAUUCCGGAAAGGAGCCAUUUUGACUGCUGGCAACCACGCCUCCAAAAAGAAGAGCCAGAUGCGAAAGACGAUUUUCACUGAAGGGGGUCGGGGAAAUAGAUGGCUUCACUAACCUUAAAUUCUAAAAGGACGUGCCUGCCAUCUUGGCUUUGGUCAUGCAAGUAGUCCUGGAUCAGAGUAACCUCAAAUUCACAGGAAGUGACUGAAAACGCCCAUGUUGCGUAAGGGAAGUGAGGUCGGCCAUCUUUGAGAAGGGCGUGACUGGUUGAAAAUCGGUUCCGAACCCUUAGCGCUGUCCUCUGAGAUGAAGGGGGCUGCUCCAUCAGCCAAUCCCAAAGCCUGAAUUGGGGGUUGAGGAGAAAUGAAGCGUCAGCUCACACACCUUCCUGGCCGGUUCUGGCUGUGGCCCAGCUUCUCUGCAGCGUCCCUCCUACCCCACCAGACCCCAGCCACAAAUUCCUGGCUUGCUUCUUCCAAACUUCAUUCAGCCCCAGGGAUGGCUCUGCAGGAUGUGUGCAAGUGGCAGUCCCCUGACACCCAGGGACCAUCACCUCACCUGCCUCGGGCUGGCGGCUGGGCUGUGCCCCGGGGCUGUGACCCUCAAACCUUCCUGCAGAUCCAUGGCCCCAGACUGGCCCAUGGCACUACAACCCUGGCCUUCCGCUUCCGUCAUGGAGUCAUUGCUGCAGCUGACACGCGUUCCUCCUGUGGCAGCUAUGUGGCAUGUCCAGCCUCAUGCAAGGUCAUCCCUGUGCACCAGCACCUCCUGGGUACCACCUCUGGCACCUCCGCCGACUGUGCUACCUGGUAUCGGGUAUUACAGCGGGAGCUGCGGCUUCGGGAACUGAGGGACGGUCAGCUGCCCAGUGUGGCCAGUGCUGCCAAGCUCUUGUCAGCCAUGAUGUCUCGAUACCGGGGACUGGAUCUCUGUGUGGCCACUGCCCUGUGCGGCUGGGACCGCUCUGGCCCUGAGCUCUUCUACGUCUAUAGCGACGGCACCCGCCUGCAGGGGGACAUCUUCUCUGUGGGCUCUGGAUCUCCCUAUGCCUACGGUGUGCUAGACCAUGGCUAUCGCUACGACAUGAGCACCCAGGAAGCCUACGCCCUGGCUCGCUGCGCCGUGGCCCACGCCACCUACCGUGAUGCCUAUUCAGGGGGCUCUGUAGACCUUUUCCACGUGCGGGAGAGUGGAUGGGAGCAUGUGUCACGCAGUGAUGCCUGUGUGCUGUACAUGGAGUUACAGGAGCUCCUGGAGCCAGAGCCAGAGGAGGAUGCCAGCCAUGCCCAUCCUGAGCCUGCCACUGCCCACAGAGCUGCAGAAGAUACAGAGCUCUCUGUGGGGCCAGGGGAGAUGAUACCAGGAGACUCCAGGAUGCCAGCAGGGACUGAGACGGUGUGAGAAGCAGGACUUGGUUGGGGAUGGUGUAGUCCUGGGGAGCAGGUGGGAGGAUGGACAGCAGGGGGAGGGUCCCGCUGGCAGCAGCCUCACAGCGUCUGACUCUAGCCUGUAUGGGUUGCUGGCUUCAUUUAUUGCAAGUCUCCGUCCUUUCAUGACUCCCAGAGCUAUUAUGGCUCUGCCCAACAAGUUCCUAUUGACUCCC